AUGCCGCCAAAACGCAUGACCGCAAACCCCAUCAAGCCAGCCCGCUACCGACCCGGCAAAGCCCACCAGCCAGACUCGUCCUCCGAAUCCGACUCGGACGCCGACGACAAGGGCUCCGGCCACGACGAUGGAACUACUGCCGCCGCCGCCAUUCCCCCACCCCCCAAGGCGCCCUCCGCCGGCAAGAUCAUCUCGUCCUCGGCCCUGGGCACUCUGAACCUCGACCAGCGGCGCCGCGAAGCGCAGGCCAAGGAAGCGGCGCGCGUCGCCGCCGAAAGGGCGGCGCAGGCCGCCGCGGAAGAGGGGCGGGGAAGCAGCACUGGGAGGACGCCUGAUGGGCCGGGCGCCGGGGGCGCGUCGGACUCGGACGUCGACACGGAGGAUGACGUGGAUCCUGCGGCUGAGGAGGCGGCGUGGCGGCUGCGCGAGCUGCGGCGCGUCAAGCGGGAGAGGGACAGGCUGGCGGAGCAGGAGGCCGAGAUUGCCGAGCGCGAGAGGCGGGACGCGCUGACGGCGGAGGAGCGUGAGGCGGAGGAUGCCGACAAGAUGGCCAAGCAGAAGGAGGAGAAGGAGGGCAAAGGCAAGAUGGGGUUCAUGCAAAAGUACUACCACAAGGGCGUCUUCUUCUCCGAGGAGGCGGCUGCCGCGGGACUCGACAAGCGCGACCUUGCGGGCGCGCGGUUUGCCGACGAGAUCAAGGACCGCAGCGUGCUGCCCGAGUACCUGCAGAAGCGCGACAUGACGAAGCUCGGACGCAAGGGCGGAACCAAGUACAAGGACCUGCGGUCAGAGGACACGGGACGCUGGGGCGACUUCAACGACCGCAGGGGCGAUCGCGACGGCAACUAUGCGGGACGGUACGGCGACGUCGACGACAGGUUCAGGCCCGACGCCUCCCGGGACGACCGCAAUGGCGCCAACGCUAUUCCGCUGGGCGAGAGGAAGGGUGGGUCAUCAAGGGCGCCCGACAGGCCCAGCGGCGAGAGGUCGCAGAGAGAUCGUGAAGAGCGCCGGGACAGGAGCAGGGACAGGGGCGAUAGCUACCGCAGGCGAGACCGUAGCCGCGAUGACGACAGGCGGAGGCACAGGUCGCGCUCAGGAUCACCACGGCGGCGGCGAGACUCGCGUGACGACCGUGACCGGAGGAAACGCAGUCCGUCGCGAGAUGGCAAUCGCCAUGACGAGAGUGACAAGCGACGCCGGGUAGACUACAGGUGA